UACAGUGUUACUGCUUGUCAACAUAUCGAAACAGAGGAAAAAUGAUAGUGUUACUUGAAACAACACAGUCUAAUCGUUAAUGAGACAGUACACCUGAUAGACUGCAGGUCUAAUGUGGAGCAGCUGUGUUGAGGACCCCACCCUGUUGCCAUGGCAUCCCCCCCUUCCUUCUUCUUUGAUCUUGGUCGCUUACACCUGCUUUUCCUGACCAUACACUUCAUACACACCCCCUCCUCCUCUUCCCCUCAGCCCUCUCCGUCCACCUCCUCAGGCUCCUGCGGUCCCGGCCGCUCCUGGGCUGUCCAGCUAGGCACGAGCUCCAAGCCUGGCCACAGCUCACUGGAUGAGCUGGCACGCAGUGUGGCAGAGGAAGCUGGACUGGAGAGCCGUGGUCAGAUUGGGCACCUGGAGGGUCACUACCUGCUCUGCCAGGGACCAGAGGGGGCUGCGGGUUUGGAUCCGUGGGAGGUCAAAGAGGCGCUGGCUGCCAACCCUCAUGUAAUCUGGCACUCAGAGGAUCAGAUCCUGAGCAGGUCUAAGAGAGGCUUGGCUUUCAAUGACCCCAAAUACCCGAAUCAGUGGCACCUGCAUAAUGAUAUCCAUCAUGGGAUGGAUAUCAAUGUAACAGGGGUUUGGGAACGAAAUAUCACAGGAGUGGGUGUCACAGUGGUAGUGGUUGAUGACGGACUCCAGCAUACACUGGCAGAUAUUAAACCUAACUACAGUCCUGAGGGCAGUUACGAUCUGAACUCCAACGAUCCGGAUCCGAUGCCCCACCCAGACGCACACGGCGAUAAUCACCAUGGCACGCGAUGCGCAGGAGAAAUUGCUGCUGUGUCUAACAACAGCUUCUGCGCAGUGGGCGUGGCUUAUGGCAGCAGAGUGGCAGGCAUCAGAGUCCUGGAUGGACCUCUCACUGACAGCAUGGAGGCGAUAGCUUUCAAUAAACAUUACCAAAUUAAUGAUGUUUACAGCUGCAGCUGGGGUCCAGAUGACGAUGGACGAACCGUGGAUGGGCCGCAUCCAUUAGGCAAGGCAGCACUGCAGCAUGGAGUUAUAGCCGGCAGAAGAGGCUUUGGAAGCAUCUUCGUUGUUGCCAGUGGCAACGGUGGCCAGUAUAAUGACAACUGCAACUAUGAUGGCUACGCUAAUUCAAUCUACACUGUCACCAUAGGAGCAGUAGAUGAGAAUGGGAGAAAGCCUUUCUAUGCAGAAGAAUGUGCUUCUAUGCUGGCAGUAACCUUCAGCAGUGGGACAGGAGACCAGCGCAGCAUUGUGACAGCCGACUGGUCUCUCCAGCGCGGCACAGGCUGCACUGAAGGACACACGGGCACCUCGGCGGCCGCGCCCCUGGCCGCUGGCAUGGUGGCACUGAUGUUACAAGUGCGGCCCUGUCUCACCUGGCGUGACGUGCAGCACAUCAUCACCUACACAGCCACAAAGUAUGACGCAAAGGCUGAUUGGGAAGUUAAUGGAGCUGGUUUCAGUCACAGCCAUAAGCAUGGUUUUGGCCUCCUCAACGCCUGGAGAAUGGUCAAUGCCGCUAAGGUUUGGGAGACAGUGCCCUUCCUGGUGUCCUAUCAGAGCCCAGUGCUGAAAGUGGACCAGCAAAUCCCAGCCAAUCCCAAGAAUGUCAGCCUCACCUGGAAUGUCACAGCUGCAGAUUUGAGGCAGUCGGGUAUGCAGACCCUGGAGCACGUGUCUGUCACUGUAACCAUGACACACCCUCGCCGUGGCAACGUGGAGAUUGUCCUGGUCUGCCCCAGUGGAAUGACCUCACUGAUUGGGGCCAGACGGAUCCUGGACUUAGACUCCUCUGGGUUGAAUGACUGGACUUUCUCCACUGUUCGCUGCUGGGGGGAGAGAGCAGAGGGACAGUACACCCUGUGGAUAACAGACCACAGAGAAGGAUCUCUGUUUUUGGGGACUCUGAACCACUGGAAGCUCACUCUUUAUGGGUCAUCUUUCUCCUUCCAACAGGUGAAGGAGAGGCAGAGGAUCGUGGAGGAGGCUAUGGGCGGGCAGUUUCUGAAUAGUAAUUUCUCUCUGCCAUGCCCACCUGGUCUAGACAUUCCCCCUGAAGCUGUGAGCCCCUAUAGCUCCAACACCUUGAAGUCUCUCCUUCUGUUAGGCUGCUUCGCUCUCUUCGGGUCCCUGUACUACACCCUAGAGGUGGUGUUAGCACAUUUUGACUGGUGGGAGGUUUGGCGUGGAGUGCGAGGUGGAGGUCAAAGAACACAAGACGGAACCGCUGUCGUAGAGAACGGGCAGGACCUGGAAAUGAGCUCAGUGGACAUGGAGGACAAAGUGCCACUCAUAACAACCAACACAGCCACAUAGCAGUCAGGGACUUUUCUCUUCAGCCAUUCCAUUUGACGAAGCUGAGCCGCCUCCUCUUUCUCUCCUCUUCAGUCCCUCUCUCUUUCUCUGGAUUGUGCAUUGGAACAGCACUUGAGCCGGCGUUUGAGCAUGGAAUCGGCCAUGCGAGGGAGGGUUUUUUUGUUUUUUGUUUGUUUUUUUAACUGCGGCUGUGUGAAGUUUGGGUGGAUUUGUCGAGCCUGUGCUGUGCACUCUCACUUUGAGUACUCAGAACAAUCCCAGUGGGAGUUCAGCAGGGCUAUAUUCAGGAGACUGUUGACUUAAGCUCCUGUCAGGAUAUUCUCCAUCACUGUGGAGCGCAACACCUUAGACCAUGUAUUCUCAUCCUAGUGGUCAAACCUUGGAAAGGUUCAAAUACUGUAUCUGUGUGACUGGUUGUGGUUGAGUGUGGUUGGUUGUGGUUGAGUGAGUGUUGAUCGGGGUGUGUGUGUGUGCGUGCUCUGAAGAUCAGGAUUCUUUUUUGUUGUUUAAGAGCGCUAUAUUUUUAUUAAAUUAUCUGCUUUCUCAAGAUUUAUUGUUUUAUUCUUAUUUGAAUGUAAUUCAUUGACUGCAUCAAUUCAGGAUGUUUGCAGACUAUCGGUACCUCCAGCAUUAAAUGAACUUUUUGGCAUUUGAGGUUGAAAGUGUGAGAUUGUGAUAAACACACAUAAAAAAAAAUAAUAAUAAUGUGUGCCUGUUUUACAGCUAAAAUCAUACACAUUCAAUUCAUUAUUUCUAUGAAAGUAAAUGCAUUUUGAGAACUUGACUCUUUUUACAGAGAUAACAGUGUACUUGA